AUGAAUUUGCUGCGGGACGAGAGCGUCUUCUACCGCCGGCAGCUGAUGAUGUCCACCCGCAAUCCCGUGUUCUUUGGAUCGGUGGCCGACGUCUACGGGAAGGAAGAGGAACCGGAUGACCAACCGCUGGAAGCCGAGACCCACCUGCUCUUCAAACCGGACACGCGCCACAUCAACCAGGCCCGAAUGGUCGUAGUAGUCAAAUGCGAGAUGGCCGGACCGGUCACGCAACCCAUCGAUCUCCCGAGCGACAACGGG